AUGAAGUGCACGUAUACAGCACCAAGCCGAAAGACCACCCCAAAGAAACAACGAAGCCAGGGAGAGGCCGAUUGUAGUGCCCGCAAAACAGAAGCGCGCUUCGAGCACCUCGAAUCUCUGCUAGAGCAGCUCAAGGAGCGUCUGGACAUUUCCACACAGAAGUCCGGAGCGCAGACGCAGUCACACAGCCCGAUGACGUCCGCCCAAGUCCCCUGGGAAAAGGUGUCGAGAAGCCACGAUCGACAUGCAGGCCACAAUGACACGCCUGCCAAGCUCACUAACAUACCUCCGCGAGACGAAGUCCUGCAUAUCGUUCAAGUCUUCCUCGAUAAGUUCAAUUCAGUCCUACCGCUGUUUCAGGCCGAAACCCUUCUGCUCAUGGUCCACGAGUUCUAUAACCUCGUUCCUCGAGAACGCAGCCCAGUAGCAUACGCUGCCAUCAACGUGGUGAUAGCUCUGACAUACAGGCAUGCCAUGAUCGGUGACAGUGAGACUAGCUACGCGUUGGAGCAUCUCCGCAGAGCGCAGUCCGUGCUUUCAGCCGUCAUACUGGGUGAAACUGACCUACUGAAUAUUCAAGUUCUGUUGGGUAUGGUGAUCUUGCUCCAAGGCUCACAAGACCAUCAACCUCCGUUGAUCCUGAUCGCUACUACUAUGCGUCUUGUACAUAAGAUCGGUCUGCAUAACCGUGCUUCCUCGAUGUAUCUGGAUCCAGUUGUAGCAAGACAACGCACUUGCGUCUUUUGGUUGGCAUAUAUCCUCGACAAGGAUACGAGCAUGCGCAUGAAGCAGCCGUCUAUUCAGCUUGAUGACGAUAUCGAUCUCGACUUGCCUUCUCAAACAGCCGGCGACUAUCGAUCCGUGGACGCCAGCCGUCUCCCAACUGGUUGCAUAACCACGGCGGAUGGGACAAUGGAAUUUGACUUUUUUCUGAGCCGCAUUCAGUUGGCCAUUAUCCAGGGAGGCGUUUAUGACUACUUAUACUCAACGCGAUCUCAGAAGCGUAGCGGAGAAGAGCGGGCCGCUGCCUUGGAAAGCGUAGUUCGUGCUCUUAAUCAGUGGAAGGCGUCCAUACCUCCCGAUUUCUGCGCCGCUGGAGCCGUUCGAGAAGUUCCCCUUGAAUCGCUGCGCUUUCUAGCCGGUUUACACGCCACCAGCUUGAGCUGCACAACGCUGAUUGAUCGGGCACAUGCUUGGAACGAUCAAUGGGUGACUAGCUUGCGAACUAGCGCCCUGAGAGGCACUAAUCCUUUGCUUCCUCCUUCAUGGGAGGCGGUCGUGGACGAAGCACGCGACUUAUUGGCGCUGUUUCGGGUUUUGCCCGUCGCAGAUCACUCAAACUUCUGGAUAACUUCAUGUACUUACAUGUCAGCCAUGAUGCUGCUCACGGCGAAAGCCAUGCAAAAGCCCUUAGACAGAAGUUCAAGCCAGGACGACGAGCUCGUUGCUGAUGGCUUACAUACCGUCAACGAGAUGCUAGAGGAAAGUGGGAGCGAAUCACUGCGAUGGUUUCGUGACACAUGUACGGAGUUGAGCCUGGAGGUGCGGCGGAGACGCGAGAUAGCUAGCACGACGGUAAAUGGUUGGAACGACGGUAUCGAAAGUACCUCUGCAAAUCGGGAUGUUGCGGCACAUAGUAGUUUUGACCUCUAA